UAGUGUUCCUCAAAAUCACGUUUUCUAACAUAUACUGCCAUUCACUACAUAUACUAUUUGUUCCUUGUCUUUGUGUACAAGCGAAGUUCCAAAACUUUGGAUUGUUUAACCGUGAGUUGGGACGUUGAAAUCAUUGAGCGAUUGAACUGAAGAUUUUCCGUGUGAAUAGAGUAGGUAGCUGUGGCUCAUCAGUAUAGCAGGUAGCUGUAACAUAUCAGUAGAGUAGGUAGCUGUGACCACCUAAGGCUACACCAUGCAGGGACUGAUGCAGCCUGAUUACUACAGGGCCUGUAGCACCUUUUCCUCGCUACCUGGCAUGAUGUUUCCAGACUCAGCUUACAGCAAAAAUGCCUGGUCGCCCCAGCCCAGUCCUCAGACUCAAGACUCCGCCUUCCCCAAGCUGUCUUUGCCCGGGGGACCCCCACCCGUACCCAAACCGUACUCACCUUCCUUCUCGAGCGUGGGUAAAUCAGGACUGGACACUGGCAUGCACGGUGCCCAGUGGCGUGCCUCGCAGAGUUACACCAAUCCGCUGGCCCCGCUACCUAAAAGCCCUCUAGACAGUAGCCACACCCCUUGGAGACCCCAAGGCUCUGGACAGAUCCAACUCUGGCAGUUCCUUCUGGAGCUUCUCUCCGACUCGGCCAACGCCGCCUGCAUCACGUGGGAGGGCACCAACGGCGAGUUCAAGCUGGUGGACCCUGACGAGGUGGCCAGGAGGUGGGGGGAGAGAAAAUCUAAGCCCAACAUGAACUACGACAAGCUGAGCCGGGCGCUCAGGUACUACUACGACAAGAACAUCAUGACCAAGGUCCACGGCAAGAGAUACGCCUACAAGUUCGACUUCGCCGGACUGGCCCAGGCUAUGCAGCCUUCAACGGCCGACCCGUCGGCAUACAAGUACCAGCAAGACUUUCUCAUGUCGUCUUACCAGUACCAUCACCACCACCAUCACCAUCCGCACAACCAGAAACUCAACUACCUGAACCCACAUUCCCCCAUCUCCAACUCCGCGCCGCCCAGUCUAUUCCCGCCCCACACGGGCUACUGGCCGGGCAGUCCCGGGUCCAACCUGUACCACAACCACCCCAUGCCCACACACCACGGCCACAUGGCGCCGCCCCUGGGGCCGUACUACCACUACGACCGGUGGGAGGCUUGACAAAGAGCUGCCACCACCAGCCCGGCCGCCUCGUCGAGAAACUUCUAGUCUCUCUUCCCUUUGCGGGAUAACACUAUCAAAAUACCAAAACUCAACCUUUAUCGAGAGGAAACAUUCGCACAAUUACCGCAACAAUCUUUGUGUUGCCAAGACUUUCAGAUUUCGCAACACUGGUACUUUACGGUGAAAACCAAAUAGCCAAAUAUUCACGAAGACCUACACGUAUGUAUUACAUGUACCGUAACAUGAAAUGUUAUAACAGGUAACAAUAGUUGUG